AAUGGCGCCGCCGGGCCGGGGCUGCCGGGGCCCCGCGGGCGGAAAGUGCGUUUAAACACCCGAAAGAGGCAAAACCACCGCAAACCCGCCGAUGGACGCCGGCAGAACGCGGACCAAAGUUAUUUGCACGGUUAUAAAGUAGUUACAGUUUCUGAGCUGGUCAUUGCCCAAUUUUGACCCAAGAAGUUGAGGAGAAAAUCGCGGUUAUCCCGCCUGGGAGCUGCUCCGGCGAAACUCCUCGGGACUGUGACAACUCAAAAAUAUCAGCAAACACAUAAAUCCAGUGCAGUAGAAACAGUUCUUGGAAACCUCCCGAAAACCAGAAAGAUUUAAGUUUGAAAACAGAUUUUACAUGACGGAAAAAAACAAAAAACCAUCAAACUUUCUGGCAGCAAAUUCAGAGCGCCGAACUAUUGGAAUGGGGAUUUUGGGAGGGGGAGUCCGCGCUGAAUAAAUAGAGAGAUAAAUAUAAUAAUUCAAAAGUAUCGAUCGGCUGCGGUAGGGGUCGGUGUGGGACAGUCUGAGUGAUGUUUGGUGUCAGGAAAAGGGGAUUAGGACAGUUUUAUGGGCUCCUGCUGCUGCAAGGAAUCGGAUUAGAUUUAUACUAUGAAAACAAUUAAUUUAUUCAAUUACUGCCCAGAUAAGUUUUUGAAAAUAGCCUGUAACUGGGAUUAAGGGAUAAAGAGUUCUGAUAUUUUGUGCCAAGAGACGUUUUAGGUCUAUGUUUUAUAACAUAGUAGAACAGAAGUCAAAAGGAGGGAAAACAGACUUGGUGCUUCAAACUUUCCUUCCCUACGCAGCAAUUAAGAGCAGUCUGAUGUGGUUUAAUCAGCGUUUUGCUUCCUCAGUUCAUGAUCUACAAUCUACUUAGAUUAUACAUUUUUGAGGAUGGGAACAGUCUUUUCCUUAGUGAGUAUUCCUGCUUGGCCACGGGAGAUAUGUAAUGAUGAUUAAUAGCAGUCCCCAGGGUAGUCUGCUGGAUUGCAGUUUUACAAAGUAUUUACAGAUGCAAUUAAAACAGAGGAUGUCUUUGGCCUCUCUGCACUGGUUUUGCCCUGAAAUUGAUUGCACCUUAUUUUGCAAGUAAUCCCAUUAAAGCUGAACGUGUGUGAAAUGAACUGUAAUUCCUGGUGAGUGCUGGGGUGGAAUCAGAGCCCAGUUUGAGCUGCUGAGGAGAGCUGGGUACAACUGCUGGGCAAAGUGUGCAGGGCCAGCUCCGUUUGUUUUGGCCAGAGGUGAUUUAUUCUGUCUUCAGGGUUUCAUUGCCAUAAUGAGCAAGUUGCAGGAGGGUGAGUGGGUACACAUCUAAAUGUACUCUGCAGACCAUUGCUGCCCCACUGGCUCCUCAGGACCUAGGGUCUGUUUUCCUUGCAUCAGCCAUGCUGUUUGUCAGCAAUUUUAUCUCCGUUUCUUUAUUUACUGAAAUUUUAAGUCUUCACACUGAUUUUUAAAAGUAACACUGUGAAUUCAUUUGAAGCAGUGUCUGCCGUCUUACUUUAAAUGUGCUUAAAAUUGUGUUGGUUUAUCUGCAGGAGAAGGCCUGGCUAGCCCUUAUCUCACUUCUAUCUUCAUGCAAACUGUUUAGUGCAGAUACCUCUGGAAAUGCCAAUAUAUUCCAUUGGUGUUGAGGGGGAAGCUUCAGUGUAACCCCUUUAUCCUUUGCCAUUAGUGCUGGUAGUUUUUGAGAGAUGACAUGUGCUGCAAGCCUGACACUGGGACGUGGAAUCAGGUCCUCUCAGGAUGACGAUGGAGAUCAUAAAAUCAUGGAAUACCCUGAGUUGGAAGGGACCCACAGGGAUCAUCGUGUCCAAGUCCUGGCACAGGACACCCCAGCAAUCCCACUCUUUUCCUCAAGCCCUCCAGUUGUGCUGCAUGGGCACAAGAGCGGGAAGAAGGAGACACAGUGGGAUGAAAAAUCAGAUUGGAGACUUGGGGGAAAAAUGACCAAGUGAGUCCUUGUUAAGGAAGCCUGGCAGCUGCACACUCCUGCACGUGGAAUCAAUUAGCACCCAAAGCCAACAGAGAUCUGACCAAGCCCUCUUUCUCCUAAUUAGCAUCACUCACUGUGUUCCGCAGUGCCAAGACAAGCUGUGCCCUGCUCUGAUUCCCAAACCUGUGAGCAAAUGGAUUGCUUUGAGAAUGGAAAGAUUUGUACUCAAACAGGCUCCCAGCAGCACAGGGAGAGCAGUGGCAGUCAGGUGGCUGAGGCUGGCAGACCUGUCAGACGUCUCCGGAGGAAGAGAAGAUUGCCUCUAGAUUCAGAGGAUGAGGAGGAAAAUGCCUAUGAGGAUGAGGAGAAGAAUAAAUCAAAUAAUAUGAAAAGCCGCAGAAACACUAAACCAAUAAAACAAGUGCCUCCUGGAAAGAAGAAAGUAUGGAACUGGUCUUCCUACUUGGAAGAGGAACAGAUGCCAGCUGCUCCCCAAAAGCUGUUCAGAGAGUAUCAGUCAUUCCCACAAGGCCGAAAUGGAUUUAAAGUUGGAAUGAAAUUGGAAGGGGUGGAUCCUGAACACCCCUCUCGAUUCUGUGUUCUCACAGUUGCUGAGGUCCAGGGGUACAGGCUGCGACUGCACUUCGAUGGUUACCCCGAGUGCUAUGACUUCUGGGCUAAUGCUGAUUCCUCAGACAUCCACCCUGUGGGCUGGUGUGAAAAAACAAGCCAUAAGCUGCUCCCUCCUAAAGGUUUCAAGGAGGGAGAAUUUAAUUGGACUUCCUAUCUGAAGAACUGCAAAGCUCAAGCAGCUCCAAAAAGCCUUUUUAAGACCCUCAGCAAUCCUGUCACACCUUCUGGGUUUCGUCUGGGAAUGAAACUGGAGGCAGUGGACAAGAAGAACCCAUCCCUGGUUUGUGUCGCCACCAUCACAGACAUGGUGGAAAACCGGCUGCUGAUCCAUUUUGAUAACUGGGAUGAGAGCUACGACUACUGGUGUGAAACAAGCAGCCCAUAUAUCCGCCCUGUCGGCUACUGCCAAGAAACUGGAACCCCCCUGACAACACCACCUGGACACAGGGAUUCCAAAGCCUUCUCAUGGGAAAGGUACUUGGAAGAAACUAAUUCCCAAGCAGCUCCUGCAAGAGCCUUUAAACUGCGUCCUCCUCACGGAUUCCAGGUUAAUACGAAGUUAGAGGCUGUGGACAGACGAAAUCCCAUCUUGAUAAGAGUGGCAACAAUCAUUGACAAAGACAGCCAUCGCGUGAAGAUACAUUUUGAUGGCUGGGACCCUCACUACGAUUUCUGGGUGGAUGCAGACAGCCCUGACAUCCAUCCUGUAGGCUGGUGUGACAAAACUGGACACGCUCUGCAAGUCCCUCUAGGUGCUGAAGAUCCAGAGGGAGCAGUGGGACAGGUGUGUCCUACUCCGGGCUGCCAGGGGAUCGGGCACGUCCGGGGCCCCCGAUACGGAACACAUUACACCUUAGUUGGCUGCCCAUACUCUGAUGUGAACCUCAGCAGAGAAAACCUCUUACAGGACCGGCUGAGUGGGGAGAGACCUUCCCCUGGGAACAUCAUGCAGAAAGCCAGGAGGCUGGAGACCCCUGGCCCAUUGCUGGGAGCGGGAGAGUCUUCUCAGGGCGACUCUUCACAAUCCAGAAAAUCUGCACCAGACAAUGAAAAGUGGUGUCAAAGCAGCAUCCUCACUCCAUCAGAUCAAUCGGAGGAUAGUCGGGAGAGAGGCUGGGGAGAGGAGGAUUCCUCUGCAGACAUCAAAGCCACGCCAAAAAUGCUCGGGUGCUCACAUGCCUAUAUCAAGUUUCAGCUGGUGAAACAGGAAAGCAAUGGGAAAGGCCCUGAUUCGGAUCUCCAGCAGGCCCUCCACCAGUCUAUCUUCAUGCCUUCCCUGGCCUCUAACCCGACCCACCGCCUCCAUCUCUUCUGGGAGCAGCACUGCAGGCUCUUGCCAGAGGUCUUAGGCCUGACAGCCAAACAAGUUGCCAAAUGGACUGUGGAGGAGGUGGUGAGCUUUAUCCAGCGUUUACCUGGCUGCAAAGAGCAAGCAUCUGUGUUCAGGGAAGAGCAGAUUGAUGGCGAGGCCUUCCUGCUCCUCAAGCAGAAUGACAUCGUUAAAAUACUCAGCAUCAAGCUGGGCCCUGCCCUCAAGAUCUACAAUGCAAUCCUCAUGUUCAAGUCAGCAGAAGACAACUGAGAAGAGGCCUUUGGCAGAUCCAGGAGGAAUUGACAGGGAAUGGGUGUUCAGCUGUGAGCAUUACAACACACCAGGUUGUAAUGUACAGGUGGAUUGAGACUCUGAUGUAUUUUAAGUAGGAUUUAGUAAAAAUGGUUUGAGGUUAUAAAAAUCCUGCCACAGUCCGGAAUAUGGGGCAGCUUCACUUCCAAGAAGAGGAUAAUAUUAUAUUUUGUAAUUGAAUUUGGUUUUGAUAUAUCAAUCUCUUUUUGAGAUCAAGAAGAAACUCCAGUUCUAAGGGGAAUCCAGGGUAGCACUGGUGGAGCUGCAGGAGCAAGAAGAAAGUUUUGAGUAAAACUGGCUUUGUGUUCAGUGAUAGUGCCUGAAAAACUGAGUGACCACCAGCGAGAUUAAUAUGUUCUGUGUAAUAAAAGAGAGAGGAAAAAGAUGCACUUCAAAGCAAUUCCCCCCUGUCCUUCACUGCUGUGACUCACGAGCUGACCAUUUCAGGACUGAUGGUUAAAUUCCACUUUUCCAUACUGAUCCUGGUUGUUGUGAUACCCUUGGCUGCUGGGCUGCUUACACCCCAGCAGGAAGGGAGCAUGGGCAGAGGGUUUCCAUCAGGGAUGGCUUGCUCUGGUUCUGCCAGCAAGCAGAAUGUCCUCAUUCCUGUCAUUCCCUGUCAGGAGGCAAGGGCAGUGCGGGUGGGCUUCGGGUAGCAAGGAUCCCAUAAGGGCAUCUGCUGCUGGAGACAGAGAGGUGUUUUAGCUGUAGUUCUCCCAUCAGUGCUUUUGUGCAGCUCCUUCUGCACCAGGAACAUCUGGCAAAAUGGCACACUCAAGAGCACUUGGGGAUUGGUGUGUUUGUUCUUGCCCUCUCCACUGUCAGCCAAAUGCUAGGAAAAGGAGUUGAAAAGCCAGCAGUGGCCAGAGUGUGUGUGUAAACAGAUUUCCUAGAAACAAGUGGCUUUUCUUUUGAACCAUCCAAACUGAUGAAUGUGAAGUCAUUUGGCCUUUGCCCCUUGAGGUGGGCUUCGAUGUGUUCUGCCAGAGAGCUGGAGGGCAGGGUAGCAGCUCCUCUGCCUCUUGGAGGGGAGCAGGCAGAGCACACAGGGGUGUGAGAGUGGAGAGAAAAUCAGGGCUUAAACAGCAAAAUGAGGGAACUUCCCAAAAGAAAGAGAGCUGCAGUGUGGUGGGGGGAGAGGAGUGGAGCCUGGGUCUGUUCCUGCAUUUGCAGCCUGUCCUCUCCUGGCUGGGAGCACAGGUGGUGCCUGCAGCAGCAGAGGCAGUUUGAGGAGCAUGCUGAUGGAGAUCUGGGGUGGAGGUUUCCACACGGGCACUUCCCAAGUCCUGCUCUCCCCAUGGCAGAUGCACCGAGUCCUGCUGGGCUCCUUGCGCUGUUCCCCUUGCUGCUGGCAGCACCAGCUCCUGGCUCUCCCUCUGGCCACUCUCCCUGAUGGCUGUUUGGCCCUUCUAGAACCACCUCAGCUCAGGCAGCCCCUGCAGCCCUUCAUCCAUAGCUGCCAGGCUGAAUCCUGUGUGUGGGAGCCCCUGGGAGCACUGGAGCUGCCAAAGGCAGGUUCUCCCCUCAGCCUCCGCCAGCCUUUGGGGUGUCUCAGGGCACUGCACGGGGGUGAAAUCCAUCCACAGGCACCUCAAACUCCCUUGGCGUCUCUGCCACCAGCGUGGCUUCCCAGGAGCUGUCAGGAACAGAGCGAACAUGCUGUCCAUGACUGUGUGGUGACACAAGGAACACACUUGUUCCCCCUUCUGUGUCACCCACAUUCUGUGUCCAACCCUCCUGCUGCUGAGAACGUUCUUGGGACUUGUCUGAAGCAGGAGGUUCCUUAAAAUUGUAAGUAGAAUCCACUCCACUGAAGCAAUUCAGUCCUGGAAUAAUAUUUAGAGCAGUUUUUUUCCAUGUUUUUUUUUUUUUAAUAAGAAUUUUAGGAGUUUAAGCCUUCACAGAGAAGACACAGGUUUGGUGGGAUAUUUAAUAGCUGAACCAUUAAGUAUCAGCCAGGCAGCUGCAGGGGAGAAAUUGAUUACAGUGUUAAGGACUAGGCAAGGGGUGAAUUUAGUUUAUUAAAAUACAUUUUUAGUAUGAUAACCAGUGUAUUCACCAAAGAGUCACAUUCCUUUAUCCCACUCUGCACAUCCAAUGUCAACAUUAAGACUUGUAAGUGGCAUGUCCUGUCCUCUGACAGAAAUUGCCUUCUGGGCAAAGCAAAACUGUUUCUUGACAACUGGAACAGCAGAUCCAGAGCUGGGCUGUGUUAUUCCUGGCUCUCCACUGACUUGCUAAAUAAUCCUGAGCCCUUCCUUGCCUCAAUUUCCCCCACUGUGACACCCAGCCAGGUGGGGCAAGUGCAAUUUUGCCUUUUUCUUGUUUCAAGCAGGCAGGUCCUUCCAGAUUUUCUGUUUCACCUCCUUCCUUUGGGAGCCUGAUUUGGAGGACAGCAGAUUGCCUCUAGCAAUAAACCAAAAUAUAAAAUAAUUCAAUUUUUUUUUACUAUAUAUAGAUGGAGGAUGAAGAGAAUCAGUUAAACAAGCCAUGAGAUUCUAGUCAGUGACAUUAUUCAAACAGAAGAGAAAUCUUUAAUCCUUGGGGCUUCUGAGCCAGCUGGAUCAAAGAGGGAAAUGUGUACUUGGAGGUUGUUCAGUGACAGCCAGCACAGUGCUUUCAGCAGGGGGGAAGGAGGAACCUUUUAGGGAUGAAAGAAGGAGGAAUGUGCUUCUUGUGCCUUUUUUUGUAAUCUGAUAAUUGUCUUUGCAGAGCAAGCAAGAAUGUGCACACAUUUAUUACCCACUCCUUUCCCAAAUAUAGCUGUAUUCCAGUUAAAUCCAGCAACAGGACAAAGGACUUCCAGUGUCUUCACUGGACACAUUUAAAACUCGCUGAUAUUUACAAUAUAGCAAAAACCAAAACCAUCUCAUCUGUUAGCCCUGUAAUUUAGCAAUUCAUCGGUUGCUGGUGCCAUUCCAGUUGUGUCAGAACAGCUGGUUCCUGCUGCCUGUCCAAACUCGGCUCUGCCUGUUCCCAGUCCUGUCCAGGCCUGUGGCACAGCCAGGGCUCUGCAGAGGCCUUUGGUUAUCUGAUGCCUUCUGAAAUUUGAAAUGUGCACUUUGAAGCAAAAAUUCAAAAGUUGUGGCUCUGGGGAGCAAAUCUGAAGCUGGUUAAUGCCACAUGGGGUUGAGAUGAUUUUGAGUCUGCUGGAUGUCAGCAAGAACCAGUUGUUGGCCCAGCUGAACCCAGGAGUCUCUUAGCAAUACAGUUAUAUUCCUUACAAGCAACUCGGAGCUGUGUCAAUUCCCAUGGGUCAGCAGUGCAAUUAGGAAUUUCCAGUUCUCAAAAUCUUAUUCCUGGCUGUGGUUUUGUUCCCUUUUUGUUUUUGAAAUACAAAGCAAUCAAAUUUUUCUCUUUUUCUCUCCUUCUCCUCGGCUGGGAGUCCUGUUAAAUUUUUUCUGUGCCAUCACCAACAAUCAUCCCCAUAAUCCAGAAGCAGCAAAUUUCAGCUCUGGCUAAUAAAUCACAUUAAAGUUGGACAGGAGCAUUUGGCAUCGCUGACAGCAAAACUCUGUUGCUGAAGGAAAAGCCCAACACUUGGCCCAGGGAUAAGCCAGUUCAGCUGUACAAGAUUUCCUGCCUGCUACUUUUGUGCCCUACUUAGGGAUUUAUACCACAGAGAGCUUUAAAGAUUUUGACAUCCCCCCCAUGAUGUGAUGAGCCAGCUUACUUUGGAGAUUCCUGUUACUUGAACUGGAAGCACGUGUAGGGGAAGAUAUCAGGGGCUCAGCUCAGCCUCAGAAAUUUCUGCCUGUUCUAAACCAAAUACUUGAGCUUUUCAACACUAGCCAUGACCUUGUACUCCACCGAUGCUUUCCUCUGGAAAUGUGAAUAAAAUUAAUAUAAGUUCA